UAUAAAAUGGGAAAUGAUGCAAAUAAUUUGGAAGGUAACAAAUGCAAACGAUGCAAAAAAGAAGCAAAAACAGGCUUACAGUGUGUAGUUUGUGGCAAUAUAUCACAUAAAAGCUGUUUACCAAGUCUUAAAAAUAUUAUUUAUCUGGAUGGACAAAAUAUAAAUUGUUGCUCAGAUACUAUCGAAAAUUCUACUCCCAUAGUCGCAACAACAUCUGCCCACGACUGCACUAUUGAUGAGAUGCGUAUUAAAUACUUGGAGGAAUUGUUAGUUCAAAAAGAUUUAGUAAUUUCAAAUCAAAAGAUAGCUAUAAACGCACUGCAAGGACAAGUUAACUUAAUAAACAAAGAGCUAACUACACUACUGAACGAACAAACUGUCCCAAAAAUAAAUCAAAAUCAAAUAAAUACUCAUCAAAUACCACACUUAGUUAAUAAUACCAACUAUCGAGAAAAUAUAAGUGUUCAAUCUCGAGUUGAGAAAAGUUCAGUGAAUAGAAACAACUCUAGUUCACACACAUUUACGCCUACCGCUGUUUCGUCUGCUGUUCAUGAAGCCAAUGCUGCUAAUAUAUGCAAUGAUAUCAUUCAUCUAAACAAGCAUACACCUAACUUGCAUUUCAAAACAAACCAAAGGCCCAAAAAUCUAUUGGUUGGAACUAUGAGUGACAAAGACCAAAAUUUAAAAGCAGCGAACAUAGAAAAAAUGGAACUCUUCCACUCGACAAAUUGGAAACCAAGCACUACAGUGAAUGAUGUCAAACAGUACCUUAUAAAUAUUGAUCCUCAAGUUGAGGGAAAGUUAUGGAAUUCAUCAGGAGUGCUUAGUAUGAUGCAAUCCUUUGUUGGUACUAAUUACGAUGAAAAAAUGAAAUUACUGGAGCAGCAUUUAAUAGAAUCUACAAAGAAUGAUUUUAAGAAAAGAUGGAUAGCGUCUAACUAUAAUCAUUCGCGUUUCACCAAAAAUAAUGAAAAAUGGCUGGCGGAAUGUUUAUCUUUUCCUGUUUGGGCUCCCCACAAAAGAUGA